UUAGUGUUACUAUGACAACAUUCAGCCAUUUUGUUUUUUUACAGGAAUAAAGUUUCAAACUUGCUUGAAAUUUUCUUGUGAAAUUUCUCUAUUUAGUGAGAAUUUUAGGUAUUUUAUGGUGUAARGAUAUAAAAGGAUAUCUAAGGCAUAGAAAGCCUUCAAYCAGCCAUGGAGAUAGUAUACGUAUACACAAAGAAGCGCAAUGAGUUUGGUCGACAGUGCAACUUCUCUGAUCGACAGGCAGAAUUACAUGUUGACAUUUCUCCYGAUGAGAAGAUGUUGCAGGAUUAUGUGGAAAAAAAUCCCUGCGACACUGGGAURCAGUGUGUCCAAGAAAUGUCUGAACAUGAGGUGAACACUGAACGCUUUGAAACAGAUGUACAUGGAAUAAACCAUGUUGAAGGAGGAUGGCCAAAAGAUGUCAACCCUGCAGAAGUAGAGCAGACUAUUAGAUAUAGAAAGAAAGUAGAAAAAGAGGAAGUAUACAUGAAUACCAUACAACAACUUGGGAAUGUAAUGGAGCACUGUAUUAAACAGAAUAAUGCUAUUGACAUCUAUGAAGAGUAUUUUGCUGAGGUAGAGGUUGAUAUAACUGGUGAACCCCCUUCAGCCAAGACUAUCAAUGUUUUCAGAGAUCCUAAUGAGAUGAAAAGAACAGCAACUAGUCUAUCCUGGUAUCCUGAUGGCACCCAAAAGCUGGCUGUYGCAUACUCCAUUCUGGAGUUUCAGAAAUCUUCUGGAGAGAUGUGCAUGGAUUCAUAUAUAUGGGACAUUGAAAAUCCCAACAAACCUGAAUUAGCACUAAAGCCAGUGUCUCCUUUAGUGUGUCUGGAGUAUAACCCUAAAGAUCCUCAUAUUCUUGUUGGUGGUUGCUAUAAUGGUCAGCUUGGAUUCUGGGACACAAGAAAAGGUUCCCACCCAGUAGAGAUGACAAAAAUUGAAAAAAGCCACCGAGACCCUCUUUACAAGACAUUAUUCCUGCAAUCCAAGACAGGCACAGAGUGCUUCUCCACCAGUACUGAUGGACAGGUACUGUGGUGGGACAUCCGUAAACUUGGUGAGCCAACAGAGUCUCUUGCACUGGCACCGAACAAGAAAGAUUCCCGAUGCCUGGGAGGGGUAGCCCUAGAGUAUGAACCAACUAUGCCAACAAAGUUCAUGGUUGGAACAGAGCAAGGGUCAGUACUGUCUUGUAAUCGUAAGGCCAAGACACCAGCAGAAAAGAUUGUGGCUACAUAUUCACAGCAUUAUGGACCAGUAUAUGCUGUUCAGCGCAAUCCAUUCUUCCCAAAGAACUUCUUGACAAUUGGAGACUGGACAGCAAGGAUUUGGUCAGAAGACUUGAGAGAAUCCUCAAUAAUGUGGACAAAGCAACACUUGUCGUACAUGACAGAUGGGUGUUGGAGUCCAGUCAGACCUGCUGUCUUCUUCACCUCUAAGAUGGAUGGUACACUAGAUGUCUGGGAUUAUCUCUUCAAACAGAAUGAACCUACCCUUACCAUACAGGUAUGUGACGAAACCCUUAACUCAAUGCGAGUGCAAGACCAGGGCAGACUCGUUGCUUGUGGAUCUCAUUCUGGUACUGUCACUCUCUUGGAGCUGUCUGAUGGCCUUUGUACYAUGCAAAGAAACGAAAAGUCUUCAGUUAACGCGAUGUUUGAACGUGAAACGAAGCGAGAGAAGAUCCUGGAGACAAGACACAGAGAGAUGCGUCUGAAAGAGCGCUCAAAGAGCUCACAGGAUAAGGAAAACGAAGAAAAGCAUGAAGAUGAGGAAGAAGAAGACAUGAUAGCCAAGGCAGAGAGRGAUUUCUUUUCCAUAAUAGAAACGGAAAAGAAAGCCCGAGACGAAGCAGAAGCGAAGAGGAAUGCUGUAAUCUCAGAGGUGAAACAAGCUAUUGCACAGGAAGGGACC